AUGAAGUACCCAUUACUGUCACUGGCAUUGGCUACCUUGAGUAUGAUGAUAUUUCAGGCGGACGCAAUAGUUGAUACUUCGCCACCUGUGAGGCCAGGCAGCGGUUCUUGGGCGUUCGCUCCAAAUUCUGGCGUGUCGGCUAUGCACAUGGUACAAUCCGGCCCGACAAAGAUGCUGAUUAUCGAUAAAGCCGAAAGGAAUAUAUACGCAAUUCGCAAGAAUGGCUUGUACGGAUUAUCCGUAGAAUAUGACCUUACGGCCACCACCAAUCCUGCUUAUCGUGUGCUAGAUCUUUCCACCAAUACUUUCUGUUCUGCCGGCUCUUAUUUGGGACUUCCCGACGGUCGAGUUUUUAUCCUUGGUGGAUCCACCGCGGCAACUUCAAUCAGUACCAAAGCUAUCCAGAAUCCCACAUAUGAAUUCUACCCAAAUAAGAAAGAAACGCAGAGUCGUCCCUUUGAUUUCCUUCUAAAAGCAUUUCCAUACAAUCUUUAUCCUCACGCGUGUGUCUUACCUUACGGAACACAGCUUUUUCUCUUCAGCGGUAACCACGCUGCCAUCUGGGAUUAUGCUAGAGAAACCUAUGUUAAAAAUAUCCCCAAUAUUAAGGGACCUCCAAGAACGUAUCCACUCACCAGCACUAGUUUACUUUUGCCUCUUACCUAUGAGAAUAAUUAUAAGCCUGAAUUCUUGGUUUGCGGUGGUGGUACAAAAUUCGGGAACACCAAGGCAACUGCCGAUAACACUUGCGGAAGAAUAGACCUAAGUGUCAGAAACCCAACUUGGGAUUAUGACACUUUUGUGAUUCCCAGAGUCAUGGGUGAUCCUGUUAUACUACCGAAUGGAAAAGUUUUAAUUGUGAACG